UUUGCAGAAGAUGGGUGAUUUGGACGAUUCUAUCAAACUUGAUGAUGACGAUCUUCUCAGCACUACCGGAAACAGUGUCGCAGAUAUGGCAGACCUGUCUUCCAUCGAGCAGCAAAUGGAAGAGUUUGAAGAAGAACAAAGGAAAAUAAAACAAAUGCAGAGUGAUAUUGAGGGACAAAUGAAUCUUCCGAGAAGUAGCAAUGGUACAAGCAGCCCCGCUGUCAUGACUCCAGAGGAAAAAGCAGAGGCUGACUCACGCUCCGUCUAUAUUGGCAAUGUCGACUAUAGUGUAACUGCUGAAGAAUUGGAGAAACAUUUUCACGGAUGUGGCUCUGUUGCACGGGUCACUAUAUUAUGCGAUAAAUUCACUGGCCAUCCAAAAGGAUUUGCAUACGCAGAGUUUGCUGAUAAAGAAGGGAUGCAGAUGGCUUUAGCAAUGACGGAUAGUCUUCUAAAGGGCCGACAAAUAAAGGUAAUGGAGAAGCGCACUAAUCGCCCAGGUAUUUCUACAACCAAUCGUCCUCCUCGUGGACGCGGUUAUCGCGGAAGGGGCGGGUUUGGCGGAGCUCCUCCAGGCUACAUCAUCAAAUACGUUCCUGUGGGAGGGUAUCGCCCUCGUGGAGCUCGCGGUCUUCGGCGUCCUCGUGGCUUCCAUUCUUACACGCCGGAAAGUGAUGUGGCCUCAUCCGGGGCGCAGGCAGAACCUAUAUAG